AUGUUUUCAGUUGCCGCCAUUGUUGCCAUAAUAACCGGCUCACAAGUGCUCGCUCAAUGUGACGUCAAAUCAGGAGCGGGUUUGGCUCUCAUCGGGCAUGCGUACUUGAGCCUCCCAGCGCAAGACGCCCAUCAGUGUUAUGAGAAAUGCAAGUCAGACGAACCAAAGUGCCGUAGUUUGAAUUACUAUGGUGACAGCAAGUUCUGUGAGCUUAAUAACGUAACCAGGACAUCUCAUCCGGGUGACUUGAAGGAAAACCCCGUAUCUGUAUAUUUUGAAAGCCGAUAUAGAGGUAACAACCAAUAGCCAUGUUAGCAUGGUCGAUCAAGAGAUUAAAAGUUCUUUAAGCACAAACGCUGAGAAGUUCAGAUAAGCAUUCCUUCUGUACCUGACUCACAACAGUAUCGUCAUCCACUUAUUCUGUGCAAACCUUUCACUAGUUUUAGAAACGAGCGACGAGUAACCAGUUAAAGUAUGGCCUGAGACGACGCUCUCGUUCUGCACUAAAUAUAGCUGAAUAUUGAUCACCACCCAGUUUUAUUAAUUGUCUCUCUUGCUUUCACCUAUCCUUAUUGUCCUGCAUGUUAUGUCAAAGAAAAGACUGAAAAAAGGAAUUAAAAUCUGAGUAACAGAUCUUUAAAACAUCCACAGUUACCACUGGUUCACAGCGGUCUGUUGCAGCCAGUUCUUGUCAAGACAUUUUGCAGCGAGGGGACUCUACCGGAAAUGGAUUCUACUGGUUGGAUUCAAAUAGUACUGAGGACCCGUAUGUUACGUUUUGUAACAUGACCAGCGGAGGAGGUAGUACCGAUACACGAUUGGAUCAACCAUUGCUUCCGCCUUAAACCACGUUGGAUUAUACCUGUAGCCUCUGACCCAAGUCUUAUCUUGCUUUUUCAUGUUAUUUUGAGUUUUGGUUGCACUGGAACUCGUAACAAGAAUAUUUGCUAGUGAAUAAAAACCCGUUCAGACUUUGGGUAGUGUAACAUACACAGCGCGGGAAACAACCCCAAAGUUCUUUUUUACCUUAGGCCUCCUAGUCUGCCCGUCGGACAGAAUCUGGGGAAUCAGUGGGAAAGCAGACAAAACAAUGGUUUUUGUAACUGGUUUUUCAGUUUUCCUGUCUUGCAUAAGUAGGACUGUCUUAUGAAUUAGGUGAGGAGAAAGUUUCAUAAAGUAGAAUAAAAUCGGACCAGGAAAGGCACUUUUCUCGCAAAAAAAAAAUUAAAAAAUGUGUUAUUAAUUUUUUGGGAGGUGGGGAGGGGCAAAGGAACUGCUUGUUAAAUUAUGAUUUUGCUUCCUAAACUGACAUCCAGCUCCCAUUAUAUUUUCAAUCAGUAGUCAAUUAAUAGACAGAAAUGCGUUUCAGAAAACUGGCCCCAGUAAUUAUUUAACUCUGAUCUUUAUCUCAGUUAUCAUAGUUUAUGCGUUGUUUUUAACAGAUACUAGUGCCUCAUUUGACUUGAUAUUUAAAGACCGCAAUACUUCCAACUACCUCGAACUUGAAACGUUUUUCCCAAAUCUCUCCUCGUUCACGGUGUGCUUAUGGUUCAAAUCCAUGGAGCGACAAUUGCUUUUCUUGUCUUACGCCACGGAACCCUUCACAGACGCAAUCAUGAUGUUUUUAAGCUCAACCGGACUAUUCAGAUUCCUGGUGAUGAAUGAGCAAACGUGAGUACAUUUUGAUGUGACCGAACUGACGAGGCACGAUAAAUUUUAGACUAAGAUAGACUCUUUAUUUUCAUCAGUCUUAGUAGAGGGAGCAAAAAAAGGAGAGCGCGCGUGAGUCUCUAUCGAAAUUGAGAAGUACCUUUGUCUACGGGUAUUAUCAGAAAAAAAAAAGAAAUUUGAAUGAUAUUAAUGAAGAGGCCGUAGAGUAAUCACUCAUGAGCAGUUGUUUUGUCAUAUUUGUCGAUCUAGGCACUGUAAGCGUGGCUGUUGAAGUAGCCUGAGUAUCAGGCCUUCCUAAGGGGCUAGGAGAUAGGAGAUUUUUUUCGCUCUCUUUCUUUUUUCGCUUCUCUCUUGCCCAUUUCCCCCCAGAAACGCCUGAUACUCAGGCUCCGGUUAAACAAGCAGAGCUUUCAUUGUCGUAAAACCGGAAUACACUGAGUUAAUAGUCUAAAACGUUUUUUUUCUAGUCAUGGUCAUACAGGAACCUUUGAAGACAAGACUUGGCAUCAUUUGUGUGGUACAUGGGCCAAUCAUGAUGGUGUUGUCAGAUUAUUCAUAGAUGGUGACUGCAAACUUACUAGCAAUCGAACCAUCCAUGGGGUAAUUCCUGGCACUGGAAAGCUGAUUUUGGGGCAAGACCAAGAUAUAAUGGGAGGGGCUUUCGAUUAUCAGCAGAGCUUUGUAGGCGAAAUGAGUCAUCUGUACAUCUGGAACACUGAUCUGGGAACCAGCGUCAUAUCCACCUUGAGCAUGCACUGUAAAGAGCAUCCAUACCCUGGUUAUAUUGUGAGGUGGUCUGACUUCACGGAGGCGGGGAUACACGGCAAUAUAACGAAGCGAAAUAACUCAAGAUGCUUAACAUCGCAAGACAUGCUGCCAUAA